AUGAAUGAUACUGAUACUGAAUCGGUCAUAUCGAGAGUGUCUUCUUCAUCUUCUAGGCCCAAGAAAUAUCUAUGUAAUCACGAUGGGUGUAAUAAAGCAUAUAGUAGACCUUCACUACUAGAGCAGCAUAAAAGGACCCAUACAAAUGAACGACCAUUUCCAUGUAUUCAUCAAGGUUGCAAUAAAUCAUUUAUGCGUAAAUCUCAUCUAGAUGUCCAUUUAAUAUCUCAUUCCUCGGCAAAACCCUUUCAUUGUUCAGUUUGUGGGAAGGGUGUUAAUACUCCUCAACAUUUGAAAAGACAUGAAGUAACCCACACCAAAUCAUUUAAAUGUCAAUAUGAAGAUUGUUCAGAAGCAUUUUAUAAACAUCAAUCAUUAAGACAUCAUAUAUUAUCAGUACAUGAAAAAACCUUAACUUGUUCACAAUGUAAUAAAACAUUUAAUCGACCCUAUAAAUUAGCCCAACAUAAACUUCGACAUCAUGGUGAUGCUCCAGCAUAUCAUUGUGAUCAUCCGGGAUGUUUUUCAAAUUUCAAAACCUGGUCAGCUUUACAGUUUCAUGCAAAGCAAGCCCAUCCAAAAUUGAAAUGUAAAGUAUGUGGCAAAGGAUGUGUUGGUAUUAAGGGUUUAAGAUCCCAUAUGAUAAGUCACGACGAAGAUAAGAUGAUUAAAUUAUGGCAAUGUACUUAUUGUGAUAUGGGUAAGUUUUCUAAAAAGAGUGAAUUAAUAGAUCAUUAUAAUAAUUUCCAUGAUGGUAAUAUACCAGAAUCAUUAUUAAAACCAACUGAAGUAGAACGACUUGAGGAAAUAUUACAAAAUGGGUCAAAUGUAACCAGUUUAAACGAUAUCCAAAACUAUCAAGUUAUUUCCUCGGAUGAUGAAGAAGAAGAUGAAAAUCAAUUUGCUGACACAAGAUCGGAUACAGCCCGAUCUCAGAGGUCUUUAAAUUUGAUGGAAAAUGUUUUGGGAAAUGGUAAAUCCAUUAUUAAUCUAAUUCUGUCAAGCAUAGCUAAGAAGAUACCAUGUCCUAAACAAAAUUGUAAUAGAACCUUCACCAGAGAUUAUGAUCUCAGGCGGCAUUUGAAAUGGCAUGAAGAGAAUCUAAAUAAGAUAGAACAAUUCUUGACCGAUUUGGAACGAACAGAAAAUGGUACUAAUGGGAUUGAAAAACAACAAAAUGGUGUCACGCUUGUGGAAGUAACUCUCGAUGAAUGA